AUGCCAGUCGGAGAGUAUUCCUUGAGGCUCCAGAGCGGAAUUACGGGAGGCUUCGCACCCCCGACCCCUAAUGCCAUCUUCACCGUCACCCAACCCCAGAACAGCGAUACCCUCAAUAUCACUGCAGCUAUCAGACCGGCCGGAACUCCCAGCCUGCAGGAGAUUGCUCCCAAACAAAUCAACUCGAAACAGCAACACAUUGUUGACCUUGUAGAAGAACUUUAUGGUAUUCUGAAGACGUUACCCACCGAAUCGCCCCCAGGGAGUGAAGAUAUCUACGGUCUCGAUACCAGUAUUGCUUUUGGAAGCGCGGACCUCGAGUGGUGUAAUGGAGGCCCUCAAGGUUGUGGAGGCGGAACCAGCUCUGUACAGGCCACCGAUGAGGAGAAGGCGAAGUUCAAGAGAGCUGUCGACAUCGUCCACGAAUUGGUAAAGGAGGAGUAA